AUGAAGUGUUGUGCCGAGGAUUCAAGCUUAGUGUACAAAAUCUGUAAUGGCCAAACGUUCCCUGAGAACAGUAUGGGCGGUGUGUAUGCCGGUUACGUCCUUGAAGGUUUAAUCUCUGAUACAUCAAAUAAAGGGUUUGACUAUUACUAUCUUUUUCCAUUUGCGGGCGAGGCGGAUACCGUCUACGGGCACGGUAAAUGCAAUGGACGACUUUCACAUGAAGAUUGUGAGUACUGCUUAGAUAAAGCUGCGUCAGAAAGAAACAAAGCCGGCUGUCCCCAGCUAACUAUAGGCCUUCAAGUUCAGCUUGUGGACUGUAGAAUAAGAUAUUCUACAGGUGCACCGGAUUUAACAUUGCUGUCGGGAACCUGCAAUGGCCAAGAACUUCAUGGUAAGAACAAUCGUAAGAAGGUGGACAAUGUCCUUGUUCAAGUAGUAAAUAAUGCCCCGGAUCACGGCUAUAAUUAUUACGACUCGUCUUCUCCAUCAUCGAAGCCUAUUGCAUAUGAGCAUGCAGCAUGCAAUGGAAAUCUUUCGAAGGACGACUGCAUAUGGUGUCUAGUUGUCGCUUGUGACGAGAUAACACUUCGUUGUAGUCCUAAAAGUCCUGCAGGAGCUCAAGUUCAUUUCCAGGAUUGUAGACUAAGGUACGAGUUUUACCAGUUUGAGGAUUGA